AUGCCGAACCCCACUGCUGAUUGGGAAAGAGUUGGAGAUAGAUUCUACCGCAAAAUCAAGCUUUACGAUGCUGUUUUUGACCAAGAUUUGGAACUUGAGAACUAUGUGAUAGCUGGGGCUCCAUGUGCAGGAGCGAUCGCCUUGUACCGGGACGAAGACAAGCUACAUACAUACCGAGGAUCUCAAGCCUCCAAAUCUGGCAUUGAUAUCUAUAGCUGCGCAGGGAAACUAAUACGUAGAAUCAAUUGGGACAAAGGCUCAAUACGUGGGCUAGGAUGGUCAGAAGAUGAGAAGCUACUCGUCGUUACAGAGGAUGGCAUAGUCAGAUGCUACUACGAUCUGCAAGGCGAUUUCACCCAAUUCUCUCUUGGCAAUGGCGCUGAGCAACACGGAGUGAAGGCCUGCCGCUUCUGGUCCACUGGCUUCGUUGCGAUCCUUUCGAAUAAUCGCCUGAUAGCCGUGUCACACUAUAAUGAACCACGGCCCAAGCUUCUUGCCAUUCCUCCUGAAGCCACUGUGCAUUCGUGGACCGUGAUACCCCCGGCUUAUACUCUUUCUCGCUCCGUGGAAGUUCUGCUUGCUAUUGGUCAGACGAUCUACGUGGUCGACUCAAGCGAAGCCGAAGACCGAGUCCUCCCCAAUGGACCUUUCAAAUAUGUCAGUGUGUCUCCGAACGGACUUUACGUGACUCUCUACACAGAAGACGGUAAGGUCUGGGUGAUUACCAGCGAUUUCCAGAAUAAGAUUGGGGAAUACGAAUCAAAAGCAAAGACCAUACCGAAAGACGUCCAAUGGUGUGGGAAUGAUUCUGUCUUGCUAGCGUGGGAGGAUGAGGUCCACAUGAUAGGACCGGACGGUGCGCUGUUGAAAUACUACUAUGAUGGAUGGGUGCAUCUGCUGGCAGAUAUAGAUGGUGUCCGUAUAAUGACUAACGACGUAUGCGAAUUUCUGCAGAGAGUUCCCAGCACUACUGAAGAUAUCUUCAAACUUGGAUCGACAUCACCAGCUUCCGUGCUCUUGGAUGCCGUCGACCAGCUGGACAAAAAGUCACCCAAAGCAGAUGAGAACAUCCAACUGAUACGACCAAAUCUGCCCGAUGCUGUGGCUGCUUGUGUCUAUUCAGCAGGUCAGGAAUAUAGCACGCAUUGGCAAAAGCAGCUCCUCAAAGCUGCCUCAUUUGGGAAGUCAGUGCUCGACCUCUACAGUAGCGAUGACUUCGUUGACAUGUGCGAAAAAUUGCGAGUGCUCAACGCUGUGCGGGAUUACCGACUUGGCCUGCCACUAUCGUUUGAGCAAUACGAGCGGCUCACUGCUGAGAAGCUCAUCCAGCGUCUCAUUAACCGCCGAGAAUAUCUCCUUGCUAUUCGGUUAUCAGACUAUCUCCGCCUUCCCACCAACAAGAUCUACGUCCAUUGGGCCUCACAGAAAGUAAGGAAUUCCACUGCCGACGAAGGCGCUAUUUGCGAAACGGUAGUAAAAAAGCUUGCCAACAAGCGAGGAAUCUCCUUCGAAUACAUAGCCCGUGCGGCCUACGAUGAAGGCCGUAGUCAUCUUGCCACUCAGCUCCUCAACCAUGAAUCACGGGCAGGCAAACAAGUACCCCUGCUCCUCUCGAUGUCUGAAGAUGAGCUCGCCCUUGACAAGGCAAUCGCAUCAGGAGACACCGACCUUGUCUUCUUCGUUCUUCUUCACCUCAAGAAGACCCUUCCCCUGGCCUCCUUCUUCCGCCUUUUGACCAACCGUCCUCUCGCCACCGCCCUCGUCGAAUCAUCUGCCCGGGACCAAGACCUGUCCCUUCUCAAGGACCUCUACUACCAAGACGACCGCCGCCUCGACGGCGCCAACCUCCUUUUUUCCGAAGCACUCGCUCAAACUGCCCCUCAAACAAAAGUCGACAAGCUCAAGCUUGCAGCGAAACUCAUAGCAGACAACACCAAAGACCCAACCACCUCGCUCUACCACAAAUCUUUCUCGGAAGCCCAAGCUCUAAUUCGUCUGCAAACAACCCUCGAUAAUGACCUCCACGGCGGGGAGAAAGUCUACACCGGUCUAUCACUGAAUGCUACCCUUCACCGCCUCAUCCUCACCACCCACGCCAAACGUGCUACGAAAGUAGCCUCUGAAUUCCGCGUGCCAGACAAGACUCUCGCUUGGAUCCGACUACGCGCCCUGGUAGCAAAGCGCGACUGGGCAGAGCUUGAGGAAAUCGCCAUCAAGAACAAACGAUCUAGCAUUGGCUGGGAACCCUAUUUUAACGAGAUUCUCGGAGCCGGCAAUACGAAGCUGGCGGGUGGAGUUUUCGUGGCUAAAUGUACUGGACUGACUGCGAGAGAGAGGUCGGAUAUGUGGAUCAAGUGUGGGAUGAUUACGAAGGCUGGAGAGGAGCUGCUCAAGGCAAGGGAUGCGGAGGCUUUGGAGGAUUUGCGGAGCAGGGCGAGUGGAGGCGGGGUAGGAGAGAUUGACAAGAUGAUUGCGCAGUUGCGACCGAAGCGAUGA